UUACUUUAAAACAAAAUGGCCUCCGACACUAUGAAUGAAAAUCUUUUCGAUUCGGUUUGCUUCUUCUUGAAAGACGAGAAUAUGACGAACAAGAGCGAGGUGCUCCAAGCCUUCAAGAGAGGAGGUGGAAUGAGAGAGUAUUUCUUAAGCAGUGUGGUCACUCACAUCAUCACUGAAGACCCAUUUAAUGACUCGCAGAGAAUUUUAGAAGAAAAAGAUUGCCAAGCCGUCAUUGUUAACUCGAAUUGGGUUUUAUUAUCAGACAAGGAAGGGACCCUCCUACCUACUUCAUUAUUCGACAUGUCUACUAGUAAAUUACUAAGCGGGCUAGUCCUCUGUCCCACACAAGUUUCAUCGUCAGAUCUUGAGAAGCUCUGGGUAAUGAUACACUAUUACGGAGGCAAGUAUCAACGGCAGCUUGACAGGAAUGUCACUCAUCUCCUGGCCAUCAAAGCCUCGGGAAAGAAAUACGAAGAAGCUUUAAAGCAUGAUAUUAAAGCAGUCACGCCCGCAUGGCUAGUGGAUAGUAUAAAAAAGGGAGAAGUUCAAUCCGAAGAAAAGUACCCGCCACUGGGUGCUAAGACGGCCGGUCGUAACCUAUCAGUUUCAUCUGUUGAGAUAUUGAUACAAGAUAAAGAAACUGUUGGCGGAGCAAAGAGGAAAGGAGGGAGAGAGGGGGAGGAAGGAAGAAAGAGAUCGAGAGAAGCAAACAACGAAGAAGAGAGUUAUCAUAAGAAACAAAAAAAUGGAACUUGCUCGGACCCUGCUGGCAUGGAACCUCGACCCAACGAGGUACCAUUAACAAUGAAAAGGAUAGACUCACUGGCCGAGAGCAUUAUAGAGGAGCCACACCCAUCCAGGGACCACCUCUCACUGAGGAAACCGAUUUACAGGGCUAGCCCAGUCCUAUCUGAGGGAGUGUCCCCAACUCCACAGCCUACCCCACCACCUCAGGGACUGCAGAGGACGAGAGAGGGAGAGGAGGGGAGAGAGGGAAAAGAAAAGAGACUCCUUGAAGGAAUGGUGUUUGGUAUAAUAGACUAUCCUUUGCUAAUGGGACAGGAGACAAUAAAAGAAUGGGAAGAGGUCAUUGCAGCUCAUGGUGGUAGACUGCUGUUGGAUUAUGACGAAAAAGAAUGCACACAUUUAUUGUCUAAGAACAAGAAUAGUCAAACGUACACUCAAGCAUUAUCAGAUGGCAAGUGUAUUUCAAGUGCUCACUGGCUAAAUGAUGUCCUUUCUCUCCAGAGAAUGUUUCCACCAUCAGAUCCUCUUCACUUUCCACUAGCAUAUCAAAAACCACCUCCAUACUGUGACAAAAUGAAUAUGACCCUCACCAAUUACACUGGGAAGGAGAGGGAGAUUGUCAGAGAUAUGAUCAACUUGUCAGGCAUAAACUACACAAGUCACCUCAGUCACUCCACUACUCACUUAAUAUCAAAAAAGGCAGAAGGUCGAAAGUAUGAGAAGGCUCUUCAAUGGAAUAUCAAAGUCGUAAAUUCUACCUUUGUAGCUGAUAUAAUGCAAAGUGGAGCCUUACCUGCUAUUGAAGAAAGACAUACAGCAUUAGGUCUUGAAAAUGAAUUCCAACCAACCAGCCAGGAAGCAAUGGAGAUCUUGAAGCCUUGGAGGUCAUUCAUUGCUGAGUAUAAGACUAAACAAGGAGGAUUACUGGACACUGGAAAAUGCUUCAGUAACACUGGAGAAGAAACAGAGGGAGAGGGAGAGGGGAGAGAAGGAGAGAGGAACACUUGUUUGAUCGUUAGCGAAGAGAGAGAACCGAUCGAAUUGAUAUGUAAACGAGGGAGAGGGGAACAACCCCCGUCUGUCCUGUUCACCGGACUCAGCGUUGUAUUAACAAGAAAAUACAAACAAUAUGUCACAAAGCUAGGAGGGACAGUUGUUAACGAUUGUAACGAAUGCUCACAUCUUGUUGCUCCUAGAAUUGCUAGGACGGUCAAGUUCCUGUGUGCCAUUUCAACUUCGCAAUUCAUAGUGACCACAAAAUGGCUUGACGACUCACUAAAGAAAGGCUACCUGCUAGACGCUACUCCUUAUUUGCUGAGAGACGAAGACGGAGAAGAGUUCUACGAUAUGACAAUAUCGCUCUCCCUGGGGAGAGCUAAAGAGAAGAAGCUUUUGAGUGGACUUUGUUUUUACAGCACACAAAACGUAGUCCCUUCUUUUCAAAGCUUGCAAAGCAUAGUGGAGUCUGCUGGAGGAGAAUUACUGACAGAAGUCAAGUUAAACAGGCGCUUUGGUAAAGACUUGCAUAAUCUCCCGCCAAAUCACAACCUGAUUGUCAUCACAUGCCCUGAAGAUAUCCCCCAUUGUACAAAGUUCAUUUCUCAUCCUUAUUCUAUUCAGCUCUAUAACGCAGAGUUUAUAUUAACAGGAGUUCUCAGACAAUUUCUAUCAUACGAUCAGAAUCGGAUAAUAAUGGAGGCUACACCCAUUACAAGCCAAACCUAUGAAAACGAGCAAUGAAUGCAUAGCAAGAGAAAAAAUUGA